AUGUUGUGGUCACAUGAGGAGGACGUUUUACUAUGUCGAGCUUUCUGUGCCAUCUCAAGUGAUCCGAUCAAUGGCGCUCAACAAGCGUCUGAAGGUUUUUGGAGGCGAAUUACCAGUACUAUAAUGAAGCUGGUCAAGCAUGAAACCUUAUUCAGAGAAUUAUGGAGUCACCUAGCUACCGAUCCAGCAAUAUCGGUGAAGAAGGGCUAUUCCGCUUUACAAGCUCUUUCGUCGUGCAAGCUUUACAAAAAACCUUUCCGGCUGAGGUUUACCUUCUUUCUUCACCGCGGAUGCGACCACUGA